AUGAGCAGCGAGCAGAUGAAGCGGCUCGUCAGUGAGCCUUCAGUCCAACAGGAUGACGGACUUGUCCUGACCUGCAGUGACUUGCUGAGUCCAGCUGCGUCACAGCAGCAAAACGCCAGUCUGACUGCACUCGUGUUCACACUCAGCCCUACACCUGCCCUACACCGGCCCCACACCUGCCCUACACCUUCCCCACACCGGCCCCACAUCAGCCCCACACCGGCCCCACACCUGCCCUACACCUGCCCUACACCGGCCCCACACCUGCCCUACACCGGCCCCACACCUGCCCUACACCAGCCCCACACCUGCCCUACACCGGCCCUACACCUGCCCCACACCAGCCCCACACCGGCCCUACACCUGCCCCACACCAGCCCCACACCGGCCCUACACCUGCCCCACACCAGCCCCACACCAGCCCUACACCGGCCCUACACCUGCCCCACACCAGCCCCACACCUGCCCUACACAUUCCCUAACCCUUCCCCACACCUGCCCCACACCGGCCCCACACCGGCUCCACACCUGCCCCACACCUGCCCCACACCUGCCUCACACCGGCCCCACACCUGCCCCACACCGGCUCCACACCUGACCCACACCUGCCUCACAUCGGUCCCACACCGGCUCCACACCUGCCCCACACCGGCCCCACACCUGCCCCACACCUGCCUCACAUCGGCUCCACACCUGCCCCACACCAGCUCCACACCGGCCCCACACCGGCCCCACACCUGCCUCACACCUGCCUCACAUCGGCCCCACACCUUCCCCACACCUGCCCCACAUUGGCCCCACAAGUGCCCUACACCUGCCCUACACCUGCCCCACACCUGCCCAACAUGUGCCCUAUACCAUAGGGCACGUAGCGACGGAGGCGCAGUAGGCCCAAACCCGGACAAAAACACAGCCGCCCCCGUCUCCUCUCCCCCGGCACCGACACACCGCUCACCCCCGUCUGUCCCCCGCGGAGCCACUCGCCUCCGCAGCGGCUCCUCACCCUCACACACCCCGCUUCCCCCCUUCGUUUAG